AUGCCGAUCCGAAGGUCGUUCGCUCCGGGCACUGCCCAGCCGAACAAGCGGCACUCGCGCUUGGACCUCACCCCGGACAUGAUCAGCGGGCCCAUGGGUGACUUCCGGCACACGAUGCACGUGGGCCGCGGCGGGGACGCGUUCGGCGACACGUCCUUCCUCAAAUCCGACUCGAAGGCGCCGGACGAGGCUCCCCCACCCCCGCCCGACGCCGUUCCUCCGCUCCCUCCGGGGGGCACGCGUACCUGGGCGGCGGUACCCGAGGGGGACGAGCGCGAGCAGCAGCCGGCACUGCCGCCUCAGCCACCGCCACCCAAGAAGGAGAGCUUCCUGGCGCGGACGCUGCGCGCGAGCAAGCGGUCGCUGUCGGCCAGCCGGCGGAGCAGCCGCGCCUGCUCACCGGCGCCGUCACGCCCCCUCUCCCAGAGCGGAUCGCUCCCCCAGCUGCAGCAGCAGGACACGGGCGAGGGCGUCGGCGGCGUUGGCGGCGCCGAAGACCGCGGCGCCGGAGGCCCGGGCGUCCGCGCGAGCCUCACGCGCAGCGAGUCGGCCGAGGGGCCCCCGUCCCAGCCCAUGUUCCCCGUGAAGCAGAGGCCACCGCUCGUGGGCCAGCGGCUGCGCCCGUCGCACACCGACGGCGGAGGCGGCGCGGGCGGCUCGGGCCCCGUCAGGGCCGACCACCGCAUCUUCGGCGAGGGCGGCGGCGGCAGCAGGGCGAACGGCGUUGCACGGGGCGGCUCGGUUCCCGACAGCCCCCCGCCGAUGCUGAAGCACGCCGAGUCGGUGCUGUCCUUCCACGUGGACCUGGGCCCCUCCAUGCUGGGGGACGUCCUCGGCGUCAUGGAGAACGAGAAGUUCUUCCACGGCGGUGGCGGCGGUAGCUGCUGCGACGACGACGACGAGCCGCCUCUUCAAAUCGACGAGAACCUGGAGUUUCUCGCACGGAAGACGACGCGGUCGUGGGGCUCUUGUCCGAGCCUUUGGCCCCACGCUGGGAGGGCAGGUUCGGGGGCGGCGGCCACGCGAUCUCGGGGGCGGAAGCCGGCGCAGGGCCCAAAGAGGACGAUGAGGACGACGACGACGACAGCUCAUCGCGGCCUCCGUCGACUCGGUGCUGCUGUCGCCCACCACCGUCCGCACCCAGGUGUUUGGCGACACGGAUGA